AGCGCGCAGCUUGUGUGCGUCUGGUUGCUGCGUGAGACACAAACUGCGCAUCUUAAGGCGGAAGUUUGCUCUGAAAUGAAAAGUGAAACUGCACUGAAUUAGGGACUAUCCAAACCCCGACAAUCAUUUAGACCGGAUCUGAUCGUGAUUAUUUAUUUUUCCUGAUUAAACAGUUGACUGUGCUGGUGUUGCAGUUACAGGGUUUGUAGGAAUAAUCCGUCAUGCUUGAAAUCUUUUUUCUCGCUUCUCUGCACGCGUUGACACACAGUGUGCAGGUUGCUGAUGUGGUGCUGUCCUGCUCCUUUAUUGAGGAAGGUGGAGGAAUGACCGGAUCUCACUUCAUACGCUCCCCUGCCACUGUGGUACUAAGGGACCUUCCUAUGAGCGCUGACCUCUCAGCAGAAGCCAUCACGCCCUACGUCCAUCCCGACACCCCUAAUGCUGAUGACCUUAUUUUUGAAGCCACAGCUUUAUCAGUGGAGAUACCUGAAGCAGAGUCUCUUCUCCAUGCUGAUUGUAAUGAACAGGAAGUGACAUGUGAACUGAGUCAUUAUAUCCCUCGAGGCACAAAACCGGAUUCUGUACCUGUUUAUUUCAUCGCGUCAAUACAGCUUGAAGGCGGCGGUGUUGGCUUCACUCUGGUGCUACAGAUAAUAACCAAUGAGAAUGCAGAAUCAAAUUCUGCAUCACUAAUACAGAGUAAACUUCAGCUUCCUCUCAGCCAGUGGGGAACUCUGAUCACAGAGGUUGUGUUUUUGGUGUUCUCUCGCUCACCUUCCGUUGCGGCUGCUAUAGGUGAAGACAUUGUAUUAGACUGUGGUUAUAGGCAAAGGGACACCCCCCCAGUGCAGAAUCUGGGUCUUGAGUGGCGCUGGCAAUAUAGAGGACAAGGCAAAACCAUUCUGGAUAUGAAAGAGACUGAGGCAGGAUCAUUCUUGGCAGUGGAUCGAGAGGAAACAAGUGCAAACUCCACCUUACUAGUUAGAGAUGGAAAUGCAUCUCUGACCAUGAUGAAGUUAAAGGUCUCAGAUGAAGGCACAUACAUCUGCACCAUUAAUUCUGCACCCUUUCAGACUCAGCAAAUCGUUCAGCUGAACAUCAUACAACCUCCAAGAGUUUCAUUUGAAGGAAACAAAAUAACAUUUCAAGAUGAGGAACCAAAGAGACUGAGUUGUCACUGUGAGCGUUAUUACCCCCUUGAUGUAGAGGUGGAGUGGUUUUGUCAGCUCCCUUCAGAGACAGAGAGCAUCUCCCUGACAGAUGGAUCCUCUCUCUCCAGCCAUCGGCAGCACAGUGAUGGGACGUUUUCUCUCUCAUCCUUCCUCAUUGUCCGCCCAACUGAGUAUCCUCCUGGAACUGUGUUUACCUGUAGGGUCUCUCACAUUGGCCUGCAAACUCCCAGUAAUGUUAGCCUGACAGUUCUCAAACCUGAUCAAAUUCCCAGCCUGGAGGAAUAUUACUGGAUGAUUCUGGCGACACUGAUUUUGUCCAUACUGUUUUUAUAUCAAGCAUUAAGAUAGGUGCAGAACAGCUUAAUGGGUGGCAUGAUGGCUCAGCAGGUAGAGCCUCUCCUGGGGAUUAAUCUUGAGCUCAGGUUAUUGUCCAGGCAGCUUAAUUACUCUGUCUGUCUGUGUGGGUUUGCUCCAGUUUUAUCCCAAAAUGUGUUUGUGUGUGUGUGUGUGUGUGUGUGUGUGUGUGUGUGUGUGUGUGUGCACAUGAUUUUAACACCCUAGAGUCCAAGUGUCCCAAAAAGGAUAGGAAUAUCUGAAUUCCCAUGAGGGAUGAACUUUAAAGCUCCAGAAUGUGUUAUUUUCUGUUACUGAGGUUAAUUCUAUGGUUAGAUUUUGUUGUAGAAUAAAAUUAACAAGAAAGGUGUGUGUGUGUGUGUGAGAGAGAGAGAGAGAGAGAGAGACAGUGUGUCUGUGUGUCUACAAUGAACUGUAUAAAGUAAAAUAAACCUGUCAUUUUUUGUCAUAUUUUUGUGAUAUAUGUUAAGUUAAAAUGUGAAGCAUCAAAUCUAUCAAACACUGGACUCUUUUCUUUUCAAAAUUCUUGUUGUUGUCCUUGCCUGUUUGAAAUAGCUAACUAAUAACAUACUAGGCUUUUUUUGAGCAAAUAUUAAUACUGUUGCACAUGCUUUUUUCAGAGCAAGUCAUCUUUUAAAUCUAUUACUUUAAGUCAUCCCAGAAUAAAUAUGGUAGUUCGGUUUAUGGUCAGUUUAUGUCAUUCACAACUGCUUAAUUCCUAUCAAAAUAUUCCUCAUACAGUUUGAAAUAAAAACCACAAUCCUUAUCUGCAUAUACAUUACUGAA